CCAUCCACAAUCAUGUCUUCCCGCAGCUUUGACCCUUUUUACCCAUCCACUUACAAAAGAAGAGUGGUUGGGCUCAAUUCAAGGCAUGACGGAGGAAUAGGAUCAAGGUCCACUUAUUCAAGCUACUCUGCCCCUUUUUCUUUUGCUUCUUCACGCAGAAGUUAUCCCAUGCAUAGCCGUGUUAUUUCAAGCUCUGUGCUGCUUUCUGCUCCGGUGACUGCAGCUGCGACUGAUUUACGUCUUGACCAGGCAGCCCAGGUCAGCUCUGAGUUCAAAGUUUUGAGGACCCAAGAAAAAGCCGAGCUGCAGGACCUCAAUGACCGCUUUGUCAGUUUCAUUGACAGGGUACAUGACUUGGAGCAGCAGAAUAAGCUUUUGGAGACUGAGCUUAUGUUGCUUAGACAAAGGCAGACUCAGCCAUCCAACUUGAAGGCCCUUUAUGAGCAAGAGAUCCACCAGCUUCAUGCAGUGCUAGAUGGAGCCAGAAGUGAGAAGCAAGCAGCCCAAGAUCACAAGAACCAACUGGAGCAUGUGUUUAAAAACAUGCAAAAGCAAUAUGAAGAUGAGGUCCUGGCCAGAGAGGAGGCAGAGAUGCAUUUGAUGGAUGCCAGGAAAGGAGCAGAUGAAGCAGCAUUGGGGCAGGCUGAGUUUGAGAAGAAGGUUGAGAAUCUCUUGGACGAGCUUGACUUCUUGAAGCGUGUAUGUGAGAGCGAGUUAGCCGAACUCCAAGCUCAAAUCCACUACACUGCAGAGGUGACUGUGGAGAUGGAGGUAGCUAAACCAGACCUCUCAGCCUCUUUGCGGGAUAUUCGUCUCCAGUAUGAGAAGUUGGCCCAGAACAACCUCCAGUCAGCUGAAGAGUGGUUCACCAACAAGAUGAAAGUGAUGACAGUGGGCAGCGCACGUGACACAGAAAGUGCCAGAAGUGCCAAAGAUGAGGCCGGAGAAUAUCGCAGAUUGCUCAGAGCUAGGUCCCUGGAGAUUGAAGCCUGCAGGGAAAUGAACCAAGCUCUGGAAAACCAAAUACAGGAAGUGGAGGAGAAACAAAGUGCUGAAGUUCAAGCACUUCAGGAUACAAUAAGCCAAUUGGAGGAUGACCUCAGGGUAAACAAAGCUGACAUGGCUCGCUAUUUGAAAGAUUAUCAGGAGCUGCUAAAUGUGAAGAUGGCUUUAGAUAUUGAGAUUGCAGCAUAUAGGAAGUUGUUGGAAGGUGAAGAAAGCCGUUUGAAUGUGUCAGCUCCAGCUCAUAGUGUGUAUUCCCAGACCAUGUACUGCAGCCCCUCAUACGGCCAACUUCAGCUCUGCUCUGCCUCUCCACUCCUCAUGAGCUCCUCCCGGUGGUACUCGUCCACACUUUCCACCGAGGAAAAAAUAUCCUCCAGCCAGGCACAGCAGGCAGAAGCUAGCCCACCCAAUGAGCCUGAGGUGGAUGAUAGGGGAGAAGAUGGAGAGGAGAUGAGGCCAGAGAAGGAAGAAGAACAAGAAGAAGCAGGUUAUGAGGAAGCAGAAGAUGAAGACCAUGAUGGUGAUGAUGAAGAUGGAGGGGAAGGAGGUGAAGAGGAGGAUGGUGAAGGAGAAGAAGUGGCAGAUGAGGAGCAGGAGGAAGAAGAGACAGAAGAAUCAGUGGAGUCAGUGGAAACCAAAAAGAAAACAAUUGAAACAACAACAGAUAAAAAAGCUCACUCCUCAGCCUGGUACCUACAAGCCUUGGCAGAAUGGCAGGUGCAGGUGGGCUGGAAGCGGAGGGCCAACUAA